AAAGAAAUUAGUGGCAUUUAAUAUUAUUCUAUUGUAUAGAAUAUUCAUUCUAUGCCUGUAGUUUUUACGUCCUCGCUAAUACUAUGUUAAACAUGUUUCUAUAAAGUAAUGACAUUUGGAAGGGUCUUUUCUAAAGUAUUUACAACUUACAAACAUGGAGUAGGUAUAUUGUUUAGCCGAAAAUAUCUGUUUUACACCAAUGUGUUGUUGUCUAUAGGGAUAUCUAUGACUGGGGAUGUCAUAGAACAGAGGUAUGAACUUUACAAGAAUGAAAUUGAAAGAAUAGAUUUAGGAAGAACAGGUCAUAUGGCUUUAUCGGGCCUGAUGGCAGGUAUUAUUUGUCAUAACUGGUAUAAUUUUAUUGAUCGAGUUGUUGUUGGAAGAAGUUUUGGCACUGUGAUGAAGAAGUUAAUGCUCGAUCAAUUUAUUUGUUCACCCAUUAUAAUCAUGACAUUUUUUGCAACUGUGGCUCUGUUUGAGGACCGGCCACUAGAUAACUUUACAGAUGAAGUUAGAGACAAAUUCUGGACAUUGUAUACAGCUGAAUGGUUAGUGUGGCCACCAGCUCAGCUUAUAAACUUUUACUUUCUACCAACAAGAUUCAGAGUAGUGUAUGAUAAUAGUAUAUCUCUUGGAUAUGACAUAUAUACUUCUCAAGUCAAACAUAGCAAAUCAAAGAAAACAGAUACACAAUUAAAAUUAGAGUGUCAUUAAUUAUUUUUUUAAUGUUCUAAGUGGUUUAUGAUAUUAUUUUAUGUUUUAAUAUUGAAAUAAAUAUUGGGAAUGUAUUUAUUCUGGUAGACGAGUUUUCUAUUAUAUGUUUAUUGAGAUAUUAAAUUGAACAUUUAUAAAAUACAAACAAGUAGUUUCUUUAAUUUAAAGUUGUUCAUGUUUCAUAAGUACACAGUUGUUCAUGUUUCAUAAGUUCAUAAGUACACAAUGUAAACAAAAUGUAUUAAAAGUUGUGUUUCUUGCCAGUUCUUUUUACUUGAAACUGGAUAUUAAACUGGAUGGUAGGGAAAAAAGUAUCUAUAAGUGGCUAAAAUGUCCUACUAGAAUAAAUGAUUUUUGGUUUUGAUUAGUAUUUGAUAACAUACAUAGUUUAAUUUCAUU